UUAAUUGACUGCGAAAAGGCGAGCGAGAGGAGCAGAGCAGUUUUCGUUAUCCAUUCUCUUUCUUCACCAUUUAUAUUUUUUCUGUCAGAUAUUUUAUUUUCUUCUUCGUCCCAAAAACAAUAAAAAUUCGGAAAUUAGGGUUUUUGAUUUCAAACAAAUUCGAGGUUUAUCUUCAAUCAUGGUGUCUGAUUCAACCAUCAAUGCUUCGAUUCCUAAUGUUUCCAAGGAUUUCGGCAAGAAAAAACGGGCGAAUAGGUCGGCGAAAUUGAAGCAGUGUAAGCUUGAUGCUCGCCGUGAACAGUGGCUUUCUCAAGUGAAGAACAAGAAUUGCAAGGAGGAAGUGAAUGUUCCUGUUGUUGGUGGUGGUAAAUUCAAUGGGCCGGCGAUUGUAACUUGGAAGAAGGCGGCGCAAUGCUGUAAGGUUCUAGAAGUGGAUAAUCCGGGAGUGGAGGAGAUCAGCCACCACUUUAGUGAUUCGGAAUCGUCCCCGUCGAAUAGUCCGACCAGUAGCAUUUCUAGGGGAAAUGAUUCAGGGAUUACUUAUACUGGUAGCAGCAGCAGCAGCAGCUCGAGUUUCAGCAGCGGCCGAGGAUGCUUCUCAGGGAGUUUGACAGAAGAAGAGGAUGGUGAUGGUGUUGGUGGUUGUGAGGAUGAUGAGUGUUUGGAUGAUUGGGAGGCUGUUGCAGAUGCUUUGGUUGGUGCUUCUGAUGCUAAUCAGGGUCAUAACUCUAACUCUAAUCUUUCCCCUGGCCGAGAAACUGCGGAAGGGUUGAAUUUUGAAGGUCAGCUGCCUAUCUGUGAGAAUGUGGAUGCUCAAUUGGAGAAAUCGAAGAGCGUUGGGGUUGGGAUAUUGGGCAGAGGUAGCGAGAAUUGCAAAGCUUGGAGACCGGAUGAUGCUUUUAGGCCUCAGAGUUUGCCCAAUUUGGCUAAACAGCAUAGUUUUCCGACUGGUGCAGAGAGGCUUCAAGGAUUUGGAAACCCUUGGGUUCGUAACAAUAUGACUCCUCGUGUGCCUACAUCGUGCCCUAUAUGCUGUGAGGAUUUGGACUUGACGGACUCCAGUUUUCUCCCUUGCCCGUGUGGGUUUCAUUUGUGCCUUUUUUGUCACAAGAGGAUUCUUGAGGAGGAUUCGCGUUGUCCUGGAUGCAGGAAGGAGUAUGCUUCAGAACCAGUAGAGAAGGAGGCCAGUGUGUCCGGUGGUAGUCUAACAAUUCGUUUGGCUCGCUCUUGUAGCAUGUCGUCUUCAAGGGUUUAGGAUAUAAAGUUGUCGUAUUUCUUUUGGGGCUCAGCUUAUGUAUGGUGGAAUUCUCAGUUUUUACUUUGUGUUUGUCUAUCAGUGUCGUGUUGAUCUAGCCUGAUUCUAGUUCGUAGAUGUGGGUAUAAAAGCUUGUGGUUUUAAGCACCGAGUUAUUGAGCUGGCUUGAAUAUAGAGAGUUUGGUCCUAAUCUGUGUGGUGCUUUUGCUGAUUGUAGAGGAAUUGAUGCUAGUAUGUGAAUAGAUAAGUGGUACAGAAAUGGAAUACAUUAAAGAUCAUUACAAUCUUGUCUGUUCUCUAUUUGUUUUUGUCUUUUAUGUUAGCAGCAAACUAUUUGAUCCUUGGAUUUGAUACUUGCUAUAUACUACGGAUACGUAUUUUGUUU